AUGAGUCAACGUAUUGUUCAUCUUCUUGAUCUUCCAAAUGAAAUAUUAUUUCUCAUUUUAAAGAAACUCGACAAUAUUGAUGUUCUUUAUUCUUUAUUUGGUAUCAACAAUCAACGACUUGAUAUUAUAGCACAAGAGCAAAUCUUCAGUAACAUCCUUAAUUUCGUUUCCAUAUCUCAAUCAGCUGAUGAGAUUUGUUCAAUUUCUGACUCCAUGCUAAAUCGAUUUCGUAUUGAUGUCUUACCAAGAAUUCAACAAAAUGUCAAAUCACUCAGUGUUGAAUCUGCUUCCAUUGAAUGUAUUCUUGGCGCUGGCAUCUAUCCUAAUCUCACUGAACUUAAAAUUUUCAAUUUCAACAGAGAAAUCGUUCCACGCUAUUUCACGGAUAAUUCUCUCUUUCAACAUAUUGAUCAACAACAAAUUACGGAUCUUAUUCUUAUCAGUAAUGAAAACUAUAUUGAACAAGUACUCACAAAGGAUACGAACAAUGUUUAUGUAACGAUCUUGGAUUUCUUUAAAAAUCUAAACCAUUUGAGUAUUCUGCCAUCAUCUGUCAACGAUUAUCCACCUUUAUCGUUAUACUGUUUACCACCAAUGACUUUUUCCUCUUCGAUUCUUACUGAAUUAUGUAUUAAUACAAAUAAUUUUGAUGAUUGUCUUGCUUUACUUGAUGGUCGUCUCAAACAAUUAACUUCACUCAUCCUUCAGGAUCCUCUACCUAAUUUAGAAUGUUUCUCAUUAACAUGUUAUAAGAGUACUGAAGAUUAUGACAGUGUGGUUUUACCUCUUCUUCGUCGAAUGUCGCAUCUCAAAGAAUUAAAUUUAUAUAUAUAUAUAUAUAUAUCGGCUGGUUCCACGUUCAUCGCUGGCACUCAUCUUGAUAAUGAAAUUCUUAUUCAUAUGCCACGACUUCAUACAUUCACAUUUUAUAUCGCUUCUAAGCAUGGCCCUGUUGAUCCAGAUGUACGUAUAUCUAACUUAGAUAUUCUAAGCACUUUUACAAAUAUACAAUAUCGACAAGUGGCUUGUAUGGUGGAUUACUUCGACGAUUGGGAAACGAUUUGUCGAGUUUUUUCACUCCCAGUUAAAUUUCAUCGUCUCGAAGAGAUCGGAAAUAAUAUUCCAAACAUUGUAUUUACUUCUGUUACUCAUUUGAUGUUAUGGGAUCAAGACGCAUUCAAAUAUGAAUUUUUCAUUCGACUUACUCAAGCUUUUCCAUUUCUUAAAGAUUUAAGUAUUAAGAAUAUUCAACCACCUUUUUGGAGAUCUCGCGAGCGUCAUCUUUAUGAAAACGACUGGCGCUCAAUUGUUAAAUACCCGUAUCUUGUUUCACUUAACAUCACUGGUGCACACAUUCAUUAUAUUGAACAUUUUCUCAAUGAUACAAAAACCCAUCUACCUCGUUUAACUGAAUUAAAAGUUAAAUAUGUUAAUUUGAAAAUAGCGACAAACAACUUUACAAGAGGUGAAACACGACGGAAUUGUGCUAAAAUAAAACAAUUAAUUGCUGAACAAUCCAUGGUCUAUCCAAAAGAUGUUUAUGACUAUUUUCCUUCGUUGUCGCUGUAA